AUGGACUCGGACGCCAGCCUGGUGUCGAGCCGCCCUUCGUCUCCGGAGCCCGAUGAGCUCUUCGUUUCGGCCAGGAGCAAGAGCGGCGGGAGCUUCUCGGCGGGCGGCGCCGUGUCCAGUUCGACGCCCAGCGACUCCCCCGCGGAGCUGAGCGCCGAGCUGCGCAGCGCCAUGAGCGCCGCCGGGGUGGUGGUGGUGGACAAGCUGGCCUUCAAGUCGCCCUCGUCCUCCUCUUCUUCCUCCUCGUCCUCCUCGUCCUCUUCCUCGACGUCCAAGAAGGACAAGAAGCAAAUGUCGGAGCCGGAGCUGCAGCAGCUGCGCCUGAAGAUCAACAGCCGGGAGCGCAAGCGGAUGCACGACCUGAACAUCGCCAUGGACGGGCUGCGGGAGGUGAUGCCCUACGCGCACGGGCCCUCGGUGCGCAAGCUCUCCAAGAUCGCCACCCUCCUGCUGGCGCGCAACUACAUCCUCAUGCUCACCAACUCGCUGGAGGAGAUGAAGCGCCUGCUCAGCGAGAUCUACGGCGGCCACCACGCCGCCGGCUUUCACCCCGCCGCCGCCGCCGCCGCCUGCUCGGGGGGCCUGGUGGGCCACGCCGCGCCUCUGCCCGCUCACCCGGCUUCCCACGCCGUGCACCACCCCAUCCUGCCCCCCACCGCCGUCUCCAGCGCUUCCCUGCCCGGCUCCGCGGGGCUGUCGGCCGUCGGCUCCAUCCGACCCUCGCACGGCCUGCUCAAGUCUCCGCCGAGCGCUGCGGCCGCCGCCGCCGCCGCUGCAGCAGCUGCAGCCGCAGCAGCAGCCGCCGCGGCUCCGCUAAGCAGCAGCUUCCAGCACUGGGGCGGGAUGCCGUGUCCCUGCAGCAUGUGCCAGGUGCCGGCCCCCUCGCACCACCACGUCUCCGGGCUGAGCGCGCCCAACCUGCCCAGACUGACCGGCGACGCCAAAUAA